AUGGGUGACGAGGUCUCGGCUCGCUUGCCGCUCAAGGACAUUGCCGAGGACGCGGCCGGGUCGGCCUUGGCGGUGGUGCGGGACGUGACCCGCCAGGCGCUAGAGCAGCUCGCAGGGACGCUGCUGGCGGAGGCCACGGCGCGGUGUGAGACGGCAGGCGCGGCGGCAGAAGCUCGCGCCGCCAGGCUCGAGACCGAGCUAGCUCGCACGCGAGAGCUGCUGCAGAAGAGCGAGGAGGAGCGUGCAAAGCUGAAGCGCCGAGUCGACGAGCUCGUGGGAAUAGUGAGCGGGAAGAGGGCUGAGCACAGCGAGCGGAAGCGGAAGCGGAAGCGGGCAGUCGAGGCGGCGACGACAAUGACGGAUGCAGCAGCAGCGCCACCCCCGCGGGAGGACCGAGCGCAGAAGAUGCGCGCGGCUGCGCCUGUGAUCGACGUCUUGGACGAUGUUGAGUCAGGCUCGCCGCCGCCGGCCAAGAAGCCGCGGAGCCGCAAGUCGAAAAAGGCGCUCAAGCUCCGUGGGCGGAGGGUGUACAACCGCGACGACGAGCAGAGCGUGGGGAGCCCAGCGUCGGUCGCCACCAUUCCGCCGCCGGCGGCGUUUCCGGCGAUGGCGCGGUCGACAUCGAUCACACCCGGGCGCGAUGCAACGCGGCCAGCGGCGGGCAGCUGCAACGACAUUGACGACUCGCCGUCCAAGCCGCGGCCGGCGGUCCGGACGACGCGCUCGCCCGACUUUGCCUACAACGAGGUGGUCCGCAACCGCGCUGAGCGGUCGCGACUCCAAGGCUUUACCUGCGAGAUGUGCAAGGCAUUUUACGAGGCGUGCGGCGUGUUCAAUGACAACUGCGAGCACGACGCCGUCGUUCAGGCCGCUUCGCGCCACCGCGCACGCUAUCCCAAGCCGGCCACGCCCGAAGGAUACUGGCAAAUCGGAUUCUCGUCGUCGGCCGAGGCCAUCGACCUCUCGCCGGCCAACCCGCCGUCGCCGCGCCCGCCGCCACAAGAGGCCCACCUCCGACUCGAGUCGCCGCCGCCGCCCGACAUGCCAGACUGGCGGCGCGCCGCCACUGGCUUUGGCUCACUCGACAGCUCAACCAUGGCGCCAGCCUCGGCCUCGUCGGUCUCGUCGGUGGCAGUUGACAUGGACGCUAUCACCCAGGCCACGCGCUGA